UGUAUUUAAUUUGCUGUAGUGAUUAUUGGUAUACACAACUUAAGAGGCUUUAGUAAUAAACGACCUUAUAACACCAAAUUUGCGGUUUGUGUUUUAGUGAAACGCUCAGGAAGAAGAUGUAAAACGCAAUAUUUAGUGCCAAUUGAAAAAAAAAAUCUGAAUUUCAUGCGACUUAUGUGAUGUUGUGACAGUUUGGUUCAUAUAUGAAUAAUGUGCAUGUGGAUCCUGAAGUGAUAGUGUAAUGAGCAAGUGUAUCCAAUGGAAAUGACAACAUAUCUUUCACCACUGAUUAAACUUCCAUUGUGGAAGGAAAUCAAUAAAUGUGCAGAUAACUGUUCAGGUCAUGGACAAUGUUACCAAGGAGUAUGUUUUUGUGAGGUUCAGUUCAGUGGAGGAAGCUGUACAGAUCCUAACCUCAGUUAUUUUAUUGCAUUUUCUUCCAUAUUCUACAUUAUUAGUGCCAUAUCUUUAGUCCAGCUGCUUGUCUGUAUUAAAUCAGAAUUUUGUCGGAUGAAAACCCCAUCUGUUGUCAAAGCAUGCAGAGUAACAACUCAAAAGGCCUUGUAUGUGCUGAUUUCUAUUGCUACAGCUAUUAGGGGUUUCUACUUCUCUUCUCCAGUUGUCUUCAUUUUCCAGGGACUAGUAAGGAAUAAUUCUGCUGUACAGUGGACAUCCAGUCUAUUAAGUGCUUAUUACCCUCUUUUGUUGACUGGCUCUUCUCUGAUUGUUUGUUUCUGGGCUGAAAUUUUCCACUUGAGAAACUUGAGACUAGAUAAACCUCGUUUUCUGAAUAAGUCGUUUCUGGGAUUCUUAGCCUUUAAUGUCAUCACAUACUCUCUCUUAUUGGCUGAACUUGUAUUGUUGCAAUUGGAUAUCCAUAAUGAGUGUGAAAAGAUUUUCUUCACAAGGAUUUUUAAUGGACUCUUUGCUUUUUUGAUAGUUGUGGUGGUUGUGUUUUUUCUUAUCUAUGGUGUUCAGAUGUAUUUCAAAAUGCAUGGUGGGUUUGCAGAGGGCUCUCUUGCACCUCCAGACACAUCACAACUUAGUCAGUCGAGGUUUGGUCUGAUUUCGCAUGCCCUUUUGCUUUUGGUUACUGUAGCAUUUAUUAUUUCAGAUGAGCUUGGUACUUUUUGGAAAGACAAGAUCCCGGUACUGAGCCGCAACUUUUAUGAUGUAAUGUUUAGAGUUGUGGAAAUGGGAGUUGCUCUUUGGUUUCCUUGUGCUCUGUGGAAUUGUGUCAGGCCAGAAGAGUUGUGGAUCCUAAACCCUCAGAAUAUUUUAAAAAAGCUGGAGUCAGAAGCUGAGGCUUCAAAAGUCAAGAGUUAUACACACAUCUUUCCAUUGAGGGAAGGCACUGAGAAAACAGAUUCAAGUGUAGGAGCAGAGAAAGCUGUUGAAUGUUGGAUUUGUUAUGACACCGAACGACAGGAUGCUGGCCCUCUUAUUCAACCUUGUCAGUGUAGAGGUGAUGUUGCUUCUGUUCACCACGAUUGUUUAAAGAAGUGGUUAGUUGAGUCUUCUGAAAAUACAGACAACAUGAAGUGUAAAGUUUGUAAUGAUCAGUACAACCUUGAACAAGGAACAGUGUGGUUACCACAAGGAUUGACAUCAAGACAGUGGUUUCAGACAGUUACUAUUGGCACUUUGAUGGGAAGCUGUGUUGGAGGGGCUUGUGUUGUUGUUAGAACAUUUGAUAAUGUGCCAAUACGUACAGCAUCUGUUGGGGGUGCUUUACUGGUUGUUUUAGUCUGUUUUAGACUUCUAAGUUUUCACAUUGUGACAGCCUACCAACGAGCUAAGUUCACAUCUGUCAACAUCUUGGCUAAGAAACAGGUAGAUAUUACUCAAAAUGAUGUGGUUAUUUUACACGAACAAGAUUCUGAAGGGCCAGUUGGUGUACAUUUGCCUACAUUGGUUCCAUAAGUUGCCAUGCUAUUCUAUAUGAAAACAGAUAGACAUUUGAAAAUCCCUUUCUAAGUCUGCAGUGUAUGUGGAAAUACGGAAUUUUGUGAUCGUUAGAAGCAUGAAGAAUAUAACUUGUUUGCUUAUUUUUUUGUAAUUGUUUAUUUUGAAGUACAAUGUGUUCAUCAUAUUUUCUGAAUUAUUAGUUAUUAUAAAAGUACAUUAUAAUAAACAUUUUUGUUAGUCCUAGUCCUUACAAGUUAUUUGUAUAUUUAUUUCAUCUUUAGAGCUGUCGUUAUUCUUAUUGUAGAAAUGAGUCUAAUAAAUAUUUCAUUACACAUGUUGUACAGCAAAUUAUGAAACUAUAUAAUUAUAUGCCAUAUAUAUAUAUAAAUAAAUCCAUGUAAUAACAACACUUUGAGCAUUAACAUAAACAACUAGACUUUUAACUACUAUAAAGAUUGAAUUUCAUUAGAAUGAUAAUUGGUGGUAGCACCUACAGUGUAUUACAAGCAGAUUUUCAAGCAAGCAUUUAGAAGAACCUUUGUAGAUGUUUAUUAACUGACAUUUCUGCAAGUAUGCAUUUUUGAAAUAGAACAACACUUGAAAUUAAUAUAUGCAUCUAAUUAUAUUAGAUCAUUACAGAAAACCAUAACUAAUUAUUCUGGGAAGAAAAGAUCCACAGUGUCUGCUUAACAUGUACUCAAUCAUCUUUUGAAUGUAAAGGGUUCCAUAGCUUCUACUUCAUUAAAACUGUGCGAGAUUUACUGAUCUAUAUAUGUCAUGUAAGUGAUUUUUCUGUUUCAAUAUGUGAAUGAUAGUGUUAAAAAGUCUAUCCUAAUCAGCAGAAGGAUGUUUAGUUUUCUUGAGGGUUUCUUUUUUUUGUUCUCGUUUUUCCAAACAUUUGUGUAAUUUACUCCUGCAGUUUUCAGCAGAAUAUUUUAAAACUCUAGAAAUGUUAAAAUUAUGAGCAAAAGUGUUCCUUGACAAUAAUCUGUCCUCUUCCUUUCUUAACAGAUAUGUCUCAAAGGUAAGGCAUAAGUUGCAGGUAGGUAGACCUGUCUAACCUUGCUUGUUUUCAGAAGUAUUUUGUAAGUGUAAUCUGGUAGAUAAAGUGAUUUGGUUUUUGUAGCUUAAUCUUUUGAAAACGGGAUUGUAUUCUCUGAUAAAAGUGUUAACUUGGCUAAUGCCAUGCAUAACAGUUGUCUCAGGUGUAACAGAGGAACAUCUGUGUCACUUUAUUUAUAAAAUACAGUGUUAAACAUAAUGUAAUGUAGUACAAACUUAAAUCAUGACAAGACAGUAACAGUUAUUAACUUACAGUUUGGGAGAGAUGAUGAACACAGGUAUGCAGUGUUUUUUGCCACACACUAUUUGGCAUUGGCAUUUCUUUACUUGUGUUGUGCUUGUGACCCUCUAGAUAUGACGUCAAUAUUUAACUUUGAUCCACAUGUUGGCCAGCACAGCUAUUCCAUUGGUGAUCUUGUAGACAGUAUCCUUUACAUAACUCCAGAGAUAGGGGAGUGAUGUCUGGUGACCAUGCCUGAUGGAGGAUCAGCUCAUCAUGGUUUCUUUCUUUUGUAACAUGCUGCCAGACUUUGAACUGUUACUAUUAGUACUUAAUAGAAUUCUUAACUGGUGGAUAUUUUCCAUAUACUGUACAAUAUUGUCUUUGCAUUAGAAAAGGUGAUUUCAACUCUGCCAGCCAGAGGACACACACAGCUUACUCCUUAAUUGUUACCAUGUAGAUGACUUAUUUGGGAAUAGUGCAUGUUUUAUUUGAUUACACUUAUUAUAACAAAAAACUGCAUACACCCGCCUUUCAUCUACAACAAACCAUAAGUUUGUAAUUUAUACUGUCUAAUCAUGGUUUAAAUUUAUAAUACAUCAAAAUCUUCAGACACGCUGUCUUUAGAUUUUCAUAACACAUCCAACCACUUAUAGUACGAUUGAUAUCUUAUUUGCAUUGAGAACCUCUAAAAGUUAUCAAAUAAAAAAGAGUUUUAUAGUAAUAUUUCACAUUUGUUCAUUAAUUUUGACUUUGAAACUAGUCUAGAAAAGUUAUUUAACUCUAUCGAAAAGAAAUGAAGUAGAACCAAAUGUUUUGUUUAAUGCAUGUGUUUUUAAGAAUAAUUUUCUUGCUUCUACUUUAAUAUAAAUUUGGAUAUUCAAGAAAACUAUGUUUCAGGUUUUUAAUAGUGAUUGUGAUAAUAUCUUUCAUGAGAAUCAUUAAGAUAAUGUUUUUGAAGUAUUACAGAUUAAGAGUAACUUCUGUGUGUGCUUCAGAAUUAUUUUAGGUGUUUAUGUGUAUUUCCAUAUAAUUAAACAUGAGCAUUUCUUUGGUUUCUCACUAAUUAAGUUUAUAAUAAUUCUGAAACCAUUUAAUAAUUACAAAAUUCCUAUUUGAAGGAAAUUCACAAAAUGAAUGAUACAUAUUCCUCAAAUUUUAUGUCUGAUUUCAAACGUUUUAGUAACAAAAUUGUAACAAGACAUCACAAUAUAUUUGGAAAGUAAUAUUUAUACAAAAAUUAAACUUUCUAGAUUUCUGAAAUUUAGAGCCUGUUAAACCAAACUUUAAUGCAUUAUGAAUGGAAAAUAGUUACUUAAGAACAAAUUGUAUUAAACAAUUAUAGUACGAGUUAUAUAUACUGACACAAUAUUUAUGAUUUCAUACUUGGUUCUUUUGGGUCUGUUGGAAUCCACUUUACUGUAGAUAUAAAUGUAAUUGUCUGUUGUAAAUACUUUCAAAAACAUUUUUGAAGUUAUUUUGGGGUUUUGAAUAUGCUAAAAGCAUGUGUUUGAUUACUAGGAGGACAAAAAUAUGUAGGUCUCAAGUUACAAGCAGUUGAUAAAAGUUAUUUAUUAAUUUGCUAUUUUUUUGUAAUAGUCAUAGUUUCAUUAUUACUUUUAUACUUUUAAUUAUCAUCUUUGAAGUAAUUGAAAUUGUUUUUAAAUUAUUUCCCAUUUUUCAUUCUAUUUUGGAUAUAAAUAUAUUUUAGAAGGAUGUUCACGUUUACAAACUUUCCUGUCAGUCUUUUACCCUUUUAUUAACAUCUUCAAUUUUGGAAUUAAAACUUAGUUUUGAAAGGAAUAAAUUUCAGUAACAAAAAAUCCCUUUUUAAAAGUAAUUUUCUUGAUGUAUAUCAUGGUUUGAAGAUAAUGUUCUAUUUGGAUUUAAAAAAAAAACAAAUUGUGAGUAGUGGUAUAUUUAGUCAAAUUUUAAAACAGAAGUGUGUGUCCAAAAGAAAGAUUGUACUGUUUUUAAAGUAAUAAAUUUCCUGCUUUGCUUUGACA